AUAUAAAUCGUAAAAAAUUUGUAUCUAACUCUCUAUUUCCUACUAUAAACCCUGGUGAUUCACAAUUAUAUUCAAUAGAUCAAUACAUAUCAGAUAAUGUUACGUCGUGGACUCGAUCCUGGUCAUCUAAUGCGCACACUCAGUAUGAAGUUGAACCAUCCUCAAUGGAUGAAAAGAUUACAAUAUCUUUAACCGAUAGUGAACAAUGUUCACAACAAUGUAUAUCCAUUGAUCAUAUACAAAAAUUUGAAUCUAUGGAUAUUUUACACGAAUCUUCUGUGAUAGAUUCUAUAAAAGAAAUUGAAUCAUCGACGAUUAGUCAGAAUGAUUCAUGUCAAGAAAUUUUAUAUGAUGAUGAAACAGAGUUCGCCAAAAAUAAUUGUACUCAAGAAACUUUACUUGCUUCAGCGUCGUCACAACAAUGCAUUGAAUCACAAAACAUGGAUAACGAAAUCGAUACAUGUUCCGACUUUUAUCCGGCGGUAGAACAGCAAGAUGGAUAUGAUGAAGUUGUGAGUUCUCCAGUUGAAUCCUUGGAACUAUCUCUAGAAAAAUCUCGCGAUAUCAAACCUCCCGAAAGUAUUUCACACGAUAUACAGCAAAUAGAAGAAACUUUGCAAAUGACACAAUCAGUUUCAAGUGUUGUGUCACAAGAAAAUGAAAUUCUUGAAAAAAUUGAAAAUAAAGGUGAAAGAUGCCUUUUGGAUAAUUCUCUAUAUAUAACCGUUGUUCCUGAAGAUGUUGAAUCUCCAACUAAAAAGGUUUCCAACAAUCUCAUACUUAUAGAACGUGCACCAGCAUCUCUCGGUGAUAUGCCUCUUGAUAUUUUUAUAGAAAUAUGCUAUCAUUUACCACCAAAUUCUCUCUUCGCGCUUAUUGGUGUAUGUAAACAAUUUAGAAAUUGGUUACGUUCAAGUUCAUCACAUAUUACCACAGAUAUUUGGAGAACUUCUCGAACAAAAUUUAUAACUUAUUUACCAAGACCACCACCUGUUGGCAUAGAUGAGAUUACCUAUAUUAAAUUAGCCAUGCUGGAACGUGGGUGUCAAUUUUGUGGUGCAAAGACGGAAACCCCUAAAGUAUAUUGGGCUUUUCGUGUACGCUGUUGCUGUUCUUGUCUCAGGAAAAGAAUUACCACCAGUCCUGAUAAUCUUCCUCAAUGGGCAAAAUCUCCAAUCGAUAUCACGACAGUUGUACCUUAUGAAAAUGUUCCUGUUCUUAAUUCUACUACAGGUGCAAAAAUUAUGGCUUAUUUAAAUUCGCAUCUAGAAAGUGCGCGUCGUGAAUUCAUAUCAACACCUCCUAAACAUCGUGCUAACUGGAUUCAAAAGAAAAAAUCCAUGGUUGCCCAAAUUUUAACAAAUGUCCAAAAACGUGAAAGGCUUGAUGAAUUAUAUCUUCGUAAGAAAUCAUUAGAAGAUAUGAGAACAUUUAAAAUGUUGAUCGAGGAGUUUAAACAAUCAAAGGACGAAAGAGGGCUAAAACCUUAUAAAGAAAAAUAUAUAGUUCAAUUACCUUCUUACAUGGAAGCAAAAGAAGUUUAUAGAAUUCCAUUCAUGACAAAUCCAUGGCCAACAUUUGUUUUAAGAUUGAAAAAUGAGUAUACAGAAUUAAUGAAGAAAACUGUGAGACUCGAACAAGUCACGAACGCGAUUUUAUCUCUUAUCACUUCUUAUGAUACACUUUCUUGUGCUAUAAAUACUCCUCCAGGUUCUGGAUAUCAAAUUUACAUAUCUGAUCCGGUUAUCGACUGUCUUCAUUGGUGCCCUUCGUUUUGUAACCCUCCAUUUGUUAAUAAUGAUCCAUUAAUUCCAUGGACGGAUGAAUUCUUGAUUCAAACUUUAAUUCCAAGACUUCGCAAAGAAGCCCGUAGAUUAAUUAAGAAAUCCAAAAUUAAUCGUCCCGGUCCUUUCACAACCGUUAAAGGAUGUAUCAAUUUGGCAGCUAAACAAUUUGAUGAUGAAGACAAAGAAUUGUUUGUUUGUAAACUUUGUUGGAAGUCAUCUAAGAGGUUACACAGUUAUGAUGCUAUUUGUAGACACCUUACUAGUGGAUGCCAUUCUAUCGGAAGAGUUGAUAAUGAAAGAAUGAUUGAGGUUGAUAAAGAUGUG